ACAAUCCCCACAAAAAAACAACAACCUGUUUUUUGCCGGGCAACCCUGUGUUCUAUACGACAACAAUAAACAAACGCAGCUAAUUAUUGUUUAUUAUUCAAUAAAAUACGAAGUAAUAAGUGUUUUUGUGACUAAAAUGUUUGGAAAAGAAGCAUUAAAACUUAUUAGUGAAUUAGAUCUUUCAGAAGAUAUAAAACCUUUUAAUGAAAAUUCGGUUCGUAAAGUCAUGGAUGAAAUGCACUCACUUUACAAUGCCAAUCUAGAGGAUGUAAAUAUGACGGUAUCUGAGUCAGAUGAUUCAACAUCACCUUUCAUGUCAGUACAGCUCAGACACGUUGCUUUACACCGCAACAAAAGAUGUCUCCUAGCGUACGUCUACAACCGAAUGCGAAGACUCAGACAAGCACGUUGGGAAUUUGGUAGCAUUUUACCACGAGAAAUAAGUACUAAUAUGCUAAGCCUAGAAACUGAGUGGUUCAAAGCUUACAAUAAAUCUCUGGCCACUUACAUGAGGUCCAUUGGAGAUAACCAAGGUCUUAAUCUUACGGUUGAUAUGGUACCACCCAAAUCAUUGUUUAUUGAGGUCAGAUGUCUAGUUGAUUAUGGAAGAUUCGAGUUGGAUGAUGGCCAAGUCAUAAUGCUUAAAGAAAAUACUCAUCACUUGCUUCCCAGAGCGCAGUGUGAACCUUUGGUAAGACAAGGAAUUUUAGAACACGUUAAUUCAUGACCUGUAAUAAUUAUAAUAAAUUUUACUAGGUUUG